UCUAUGUUGCAAAGACCACGUUUGUUUAUUUCAUUUUCAGUCAUCGUUAUGAUCAUCAUAUUUUGAUAGGUCCUCUAAAUGAGAAGGUUUUUACUUUAUCAUUUAUGUUAUGGGUACCAGACGUUUCGAUGCCAAACCGGUUUGUCUGCCCCACCCCCUUCAGCGAAUUGUCAGUUUGUUCCCAACUAUUCGUCAGUCCACUACCUAUCGUCCCCACAGAGUGACAGAGAAGUUACAAGUGUAUGCAGACAACAAUUAAGGUUUUAAAGGCUGCCUCAAGUUAGAAGUAAACAGACUUUUACUGUAGCCGAUAUUGCAAUGGAUGCGUCAACGACAGAAAAAAUGGAGAAAGAAAUUCUUCCAUUUUUGAACAGAUCAGCAAGACCUGACGUAAAAAGCAUUGCCUUGGAAUACUUCCUUGGUAUGACUGGAUCUGAAGAUGGCAGAAAAUUCAUUGCCAGUGGUAACGGCUACCUUGGGGCAAUCGUCUCCCUUACAACCGACAGUCAGCAAGGCAUCGCCAAAAGUGCCUACUUCUCGUUAGUGAACUUGAUGACUGAGGAAGACACUGCCUGGUAUGUACUGAAUAUGAAGGAAUACCCAAACUUGUGUUUGAGCUUAUUGCAGUAUGUUGUGAAACCAGACAGCGACCAUGCAGACAUUGUCGCAUCCAUACUGUCGAACAUGACACGGAGUCAGAGAUGUGCGGUUAAGGUGGCAGAAGUUGUUUCCGCAUGCACGGACAACGACCAAUGUGUCAGUUUAGAGAAAAUAAUUCAGACGUUUUGUAAGUUGGAGCACAACCCGAAGGCAAACCUUCACUAUGUCGCGACGAUAUUGAUGAACUUGACGCAGGUACCAACAGUGCGACAUAAAAUGAUGGACAAACAAAGACUACUUUUACAAAGGUUGCUGCCGUUUACAGAGUUCUCCGAUUCCAAGAUUCGACGGGCUGGGAUUAUUGGUGUACUUAAAAACUGCUGCUUUGAAACAGAUUUCCAUGAGUGGUUGCUAGGGGACCAUGUUGAUAUUCUUCCUCGACUGCUGUUGCCGCUGGCAGGUCCGGAAGAGUUUGACGACGAUGAUAUGGAGAAACUCCCCGAUGACUUGCAGUACCUUCCCCCAGACAAACAAAGAGAGUCUGACCCCGACAUUCGCAAAAUGCUAAUAGAAGCCAUAACACAGCUUUGUGCAACUAGAGCAGGUAGAAAACACAUCAAAGAUAAAAACACGUACGUGAUUAUGCGAGAACUCCACAAGUGGGAAAAGGACAAGGGCUGCGACAUUGCCAUCAGCAAGCUCAUUGAUGUCCUCAUAGCAGAUGAGCCGCCGGAGGGAAUGGACAACUUGAAGGAAAUGCAGAUUCCCGACAAACUGAAAGUCAUGUUGGACGAAGAAUACGCCAAAACACAGGCAGAAAUAGAGGACUCCAUAAAACAAGAAAUGGAAACAGAAAAUGUUAUUGCUACUGAAAAAAGCUGAAGUGGCAGUUAAAUAAAAUGAAAAGUUUG